GGUGGUUUUCAGCUGCUGCCAAAAGCGAUAUCAAAUGGAAUCAAUAGGCCCCUCGUGUUGCCAAUAUUGCUUACAUGAUCUUAUCGACUUCCCGUGUGUGGCCGGGGGCCUUGCCAUUCCGCACUUCCCUCCUCCGUUCGCAUUUCUAUGUUAACUACUGUCUUCUUGCAGCACGAAAAAGCUUGCUGAUAUUGGGGAGGGUAUCACAGAGUGUGAAAUUAUGCGUUGGUGAGUAGAACCGUACGUUGUAGGCAAUGAAGGAGCCGUCGGCUAUUCAGUCAUUUGACCCGCUGUGUGAGGUACGAAGUGACAAGGCCAGCGUUGAAAUCGUGCCUCACUACGACGGUGUCAUCAAACAAUUCCUUGUCGACGAAGGAGAGGUGCCGGCAAAGGAGGCUGGACAAGGCGAAUUGUCUCAUAAAAGUAGUAGAAGAUACCACUGAUGUGGAGCACCGGUCAAGGAGAUCACGGAAACGACAGGCCGAUCCCCUGUCCAAAAGCCGAUCCGGACGGAAGGACCUCACAUGGCCAGCAUUCUUCCUGAGAACGUUGGCAAUCUCCAUCAUUACGCCAGUUCCGGCCCAGGAUGCUAACGCCAAGCCGGAUCACCGGUGCGCUAAGAAAGAACUCGAGCUUAGGGGCUGUCUGCCUGACAGAAAAUGUAACAUACACACUGCUCCAUGCAAUGUACAUACCUCGUUUUUUAUUACUGAGA